GGUGGAGAUGAGGAGUCCUGAGGGAGUGUUGAGGUGUUUCACUUUGGUUCAGAGCCUUUGAGAAGGCGCUGGAGUUAAAGUUAGCGGCAGUCAGAACACACUCCUACAGCUCUGUAUGUGUGUGUGUGUGUGUUUUUAUUAUUUUUCUUUACUCUACAUUUUCUCUUUGUUUUCAUGGACUUAACACCAAACCACCAUGGGAGUACUCUGCUUGUUGCCGGCCUUUCGAAGGAUUUUUUAAGUCCCUGAAGUGUGAGAGAGGAGAGAGGAGACGGAUAUCCCGGGAUAAGUCACCUAACUGGACCUGAGAUCUGAGGAUCUUCAUGGAGGCACUAAAGAUGGCAGCUAUUAGAACAACUCUCCUUGCUUUAGCAGCAGUCCUCCUGCAUGUGUCAAGAUGUCAGAAGGGUAUGGGAAAAGAGAAGGACAGCUUGCCGCUGAGGUUCACGCACCAUCUCUACAACGCCACCAUCAAUGAGAACUCUGCCCCGCGGACGUACAUUGAGACAUCGGUGAAGAUGGGCAUUGAAGUGACAGAACUGUACUGGGAAAUCAAAUAUAAUGUCGUCUCAGGUGAUGACGAUGGGCUUUUUCAAGCAGAGGCAGUUAAAGUUGGGGAUUUCUGCUUUCUCAGGAUCAAAACGCGCACCAGUAACUCGGCGCUCCUCAACAGGGAGGUCAGGGACACUUACAUGCUCACUGUGGAAGCAACUGAAAGCACUUUUGACUUCCAGGCGAAGACAAAGGUGUUCGUCCAGGUGCUUGACACCAACGACCUAAAGCCUCUUUUCUAUCCUGCCUCGUACAACGUGGCAAUCAGGGAGGACACUCAACUCAAGUCAAGUGUGGUUAGGGUUAGCGCUACAGACGCCGACAUUGGGAGCAAUGCUGAGUUUUAUUACUCCUUCACCAGUAGAGCUCAUCCGUUUGUCGUCGACCCUUUCACAGGCACAGUCAGCCUCGUCAAGAAGCUCAAUCACACCCGAGCAGAGAGAUACGACCUUACUGUUUUAGCUGAGGACAGAACGAAGAAGAUAUCCGGUGUUCAAAAAUUUGGUAAUGUGGCCAGGGUUACAGUAAACGUACAAAAGAUGUCCAUAGGGUCUCCGGUUAUCACACCACCCCCCAAACCCACAGUAUCUACGGACGGCAAAGUAACUAUCAAUGUCCACGUGGAAGCAGGACUUAAGCCAGUGGAAUCCCUUAAUAUUGUCAGAGGGGAUCCCCACAAGUGUUUUGAGAUAAUCCCCUUAGGUGCACAGGGCAGUGACUUCCAAGUGAUCUCUACAAAGCGGAUUAUCUGGUCUCAAAGUCCUUUCGGGCUUAACCUGUCCCUUCAAGCUAAAGACAGGAGUUUCCCAAGUUUACUUUCUCCAGUUACACAAAUCCAUGUCCCGGCCUAUCAUUAUAACCCCUUGACAUUUUCUGAGGACACCUACAUUGUCACACUGAGUGAGUUUUCACCUCCUAAAACUCAUGUAGUUAAGGUUUCGGUCAACUCUAUUCCUCAUAAUGUUACCUUUAGUAUCAAAAACAAUCCAGACAGCACUAAAUUCAAGAUAAAUCCCAAAACAGGAAUUAUCAUAACAACGGAGAAAUUUGACUAUGAGAUAAAGAAUCGUUAUGAGUUUGAUGUAGUGGCCAAUCACGGUGAAGCUGAGACUCACAUAGUGGUUGAAAUAAUGGAUGAAAAUGACAACAGCCCACAGUUCUCCCAAACCUCUUAUCAGGCCACACUGGAUGAAAACAGCCCUGUUGGCAGCAGCGUUUUAAAAGUAGCAGCCACGGACGACGAUAAAGGCAAAAACGGCUUUGUGACUUACGCUAUUGCCAACUCAGGCCCUUUACCUUUCACAAUAGACCCGUUCACAGGUGUCAUAUCAACCUCUGAACACUUGGAUUACGAGCUGAUGAAGCGGCGUUAUCACCUGAGAGUUUGGGCCUCUGACAGCGGCAGCCCCUUCAGUCAGGUCAGCGAAUGUCCCGUGACGAUAACCCUGAACAACAUCAACGAUAACAUCCCUCUGUUUGAGCGGGUGGGCUGCAACACCACUGUGCCUCUAGAUUUCCCCGUCGGGCACAUGAUCGCUGAGCUGUCAGCCAUCGAUUUAGAUGAGCUGCAGCAGCUGAAGUAUGUCAUCGAGUCAGGAAAUGAGCUCCAAGUAUUUGCUAUUGAUUCUGUGUCAGGAGCCAUCACCCUCAAGCAACCGAUUCCUCUGCGAGCAAAUUCGUUCACUUUGAGAGUUGUAGCCACUGAUGGCAGACAUCACUCCGAAGCUUCAGUUGUCAGGAUAACUGUCACUAACCGGGGAGACGAUGCAACGGUCCACUGUCAGGAAACAGGCAUCUUCAAACAGCUCACUGACAAACUGAUAGAGUCCAUCAAACCCAUUUUAACCAAUCAAGAGGAAGACACAUUCUCCGAUAUUCACAUCACCAACCGACAUUCUCCAAAGUUUGACUUGAGCAUCCCGAGUUCAAUUGACCUCAUUGAGGACCAUCCACUGAAUUCCACCAUUGUUCAGUUCAAGGCAAAAGACGCCGACACUGGGUUUAAUAGUAAACUUGUGUACGCCAUAUCAAGCGGGAAUGAGGAUGGCUGUUUCUCCAUUGACACUUUCUCUGGUGACCUUCAGUUAGUUUGCCCGUUAGACAGAGAGAGGAAAGAGUUCUACAUUUUAAACAUCACUGUUUAUGAUUUGGGAACGCCGCAGAUAUCCGCAUGGAAGUUUGUCGCAGUGAAUGUCAUGGACGUCAACGACAAUCCUCCAGUUUUUGACCAGCCCAGGUACGUGAUACGUGUGCCUGAAAACACAGAGAUGGACUCCAUUAUUUUUACAGCUCGUGCUAUAGAUCUUGACUUAGAUACAAGCGGGAAUGUGAAAUACUCUCUGCUGUCUUCCACUGACAUGUUUAGUAUUGAUGAAAUGACUGGCGAGGUGACAGUUACGGGUCGUUUGGAUCGAGAAACCUCACCCAGGCAUGACCUCUGGAUCGAAGCCCGAGACCAAGCCAAACUCGGCCCUCAGUUGUUCUCCACAAUUGACCUUGUGGUGGUUUUGCAAGAUAUAAAUGACAAUCCACCCAAGUUUGUGCCCAAAGUUUACAGAAUAAAAGUUCCAGAGGAUGUACCUGUGGGCACCCUCCUAGUCUGGCUCGAGAGCGUUGACUUGGAUCUGGGCAGCGGAGGCCUUGUAACCUACAACCUCAAGAAUACAGAGGGUGGGAUCUUUCAUCUCGACCCCUCCACGGGUGCCUUGACCCUCGAGAGGGAGCUGGACUUUGAAAGACGUCCGAUAUACAACCUCACAGUCCGGGCCGUCGAUCACGGCCUCCCUCGUUCCCUCUCCUCCUCCUGCUUUGUGGAGAUUCAAGUUCUGGAUGUCAAUGAGAACCUCCACAGGCCCGUGUUCUCCGAGUUUGUGUACGAAGCCGGCGUGGUUGAGGAUGCAGCAGUGGGGACGUCAGUUGUCACGCUGACAGCUGCAGAUAAAGAUAAGGGCAGAGAUGGAGUUGUCAGGUACCACAUCCAUGAAGGCUCCGGUCUUGGAGUGUUCACCAUCGACGAGGAAUCAGGUGUGAUCCGGACGACAGAGACGCUGGACCGUGAAAUGAAGCCUCAAUACUGGCUUUCUGUCUACGUCACUGAUCUGGGGACGGAACCACUGAUCUCCUGGACUCACGUCUUCCUGGAGGUCCUGGACAUUAACGAUAACGCUCCGGAACUUUCUCAGCCGGUGUAUUUCGCCUCAGUCCAGGAGAACGUGGACAAGGUCAAGUCCGUUGUCCAGGUGUCGGCCACAGAUGCGGACACUUCCUCUGAGGGGAUGCUUUCCUUCCAGAUGCUGGAAUCUCAUCGCACGUACUUCGAUGUGGAUCCCAAAACAGGUGUUAUCAGCACGCUCUCAGCCUUGGAUCGGGAGGAUAAACCAGAACACAGUGUCGAGGUCAUCGUUUCCGAUAACGGAUCUCCGUCUCUGCGUUCCACCGCCACCGUCGUGAUCCGAGUCCUAGACGCCAACGACAACCGACCAAAGUUCACAGACAAACUUUUCCACGUCAAGCUGCCCGAACAGCGCCGCAAGGCGGGUAAACGGGAAGUCUGCAGGAUGGUCGCCCGUGACGACGACGAGGGCUCGAACGCCGUGGUGACCUACAAGCUCCAAGACAACAACGACGAGCGUUUCGAGAUUGACCCAGUGACGGGUGUGGUGAUGUCGCACGGUGAUUUCUGGCAGGGCAACUACAGUAUCCUCACGAUUAAAGCCACAGACCAGGGCAGCCCAUCGCGCUCGUCGACGGCGAGACUCGACAUCGAGUGGAUCGCCCGCCCGCCGUCCUCUGGCGAGCCAAUCACGUUCGACGAGCCCCACUUCACCUUUGCCGUCAUGGAAACGGAGCCUGUCACUCACAUGGUGGGCAUUAUCAUGACGGAGACGCAUCAGCAGAGGUGGUUCGAUAUCACAGGUGGCGAUGAGGAAAAAGACUUUGACAUCCAGAAAAAUACGGGAACCAUCUUGAUCGCCCGCCGGCUCGAUGCUGCUCGGCGCUCCAACUACAACAUGACAGUGCGGGUCACUGAUGGACACCACAACGCCACCACGCAGGCCUACAUCCGUGUGUUGGACAUGAAUGAGCAUCGCCCCGUCUUCCUGAAGCCGCUGUACGAGGUGAGGGUUCCUGAGGAUACCUCCCCGUGGAAGGACAUCCUGCAGAUCAGCGCACAGGAUGCCGACACCAACAGUAAACUGGUGUACUCCAUCCACAGCAGCCUUCAUCCAGACAGCACCAAGUUCUUCCAUCUGGACCCAAAGAGCGGAGUCCUGGUGAUGACGGAGCAGCUCGACUACGAGAUGAUCUCUGUUCAUACACUCAUCGUGAUGGUACGUGACCAGGAGAUCCCAGUGAAGAGGAACUUUGUCAAGGUGGUGAUUCAUGUGGAGGACUGUAACGACCACUCACCAAGUUUCCUCAGCCCUCGCUAUGAGGCCAGCAUCUCCAACCAGGCCCCUACAGGCACCGAGGUCAUCCGGGUCAAGGCUCUGGACAAGGACAUGGGCAGCAAUGCUGACAUCAGCUACUCUCUGCACUCAGGGAAUAUCGACAACAUCUUCUCCAUAGAUCCGGAGCUGGGCUCCAUCAGUGUGUCCAAACCUUUGGACCUUCAGCCUCAGGACCAGUUCCACUUGACAGUAAAAGCCACUGACCAGGGCUUCCCUCAGCGCAGUGACCUCUGCUCCGUCCACGUCCACAUCCGCAUCUCUGACCAAACCCCACCUGUCUUCCCCUCUGAUGAAUACCUAACAGAGAUCAGUGAACUGAGCAUCCUCGGAACACCAGUGGUCACCAUCUCAGCCUCCAGCCCUGCUGCAGUGCAUUAUGGGAUUGAAAGUGGCAACCCAAAUGGGACAUUUCAUAUCAACCCUUACACUGGGUUGAUUUCAGUCCAAAAGCACCUGGAUUUUGAGAACUGUUCCUCCUACAAGCUCAAAGUUACAGCGUCCACCACAGCUGGAGCCUCGUCCAAGACUCUUGUUUACAUCUACGUGAUUGACGAGAAUGACAACGCUCCUGUUUUUCAGCAGAAGGAGUACCUCGGGCAAAUAAGUGAGUCCGCUCACAUCAACAGCAUGGUUAUGGGAGAAAGAAACACCCCUCUGGUGGUCCAGGCUUCAGAUGCUGACAGAGAUUCAAAUUCUCUGCUGGUGUAUCAGAUCCUCGAACCAGAGGCCCUCAACGUCUUCAAGAUAGACUCCAGUAUGGGCACUAUCUCUUUAAUUUCACCAGUUGACUUUGAAACCAAGCCAGAGUAUCAGUUCACAGUGCAGGUAAAGGACUCAGGGGAGCCAUCACUGUAUGCAACAGAGCCUGCCAAGGUCACUGUUCGCGUCCUGGACCUGAAUGACUGCCCGCCACAAUUCAGCUCCCCAGUGUACGAGCCAUCCAUCAUCUUCCCAGCUGUCAGAGAUACAGAGGUUGUUCGCGUCAUGGCCCAUGAUGCCGACUCCGCAGUCUCAUACAGCAUCACUGAGGGGAAUCUGCACAAUGUCUUUUCAAUUAACCCUGAUACUGGAGUCAUCACCGUGAACGAUGUGACUGAAAUUAGUCCAUUUUACCAACUGGUUGUCAAAGCGUCUGACGGCCUCUAUAAAGACGCAGCUACUGUCAAGGUAAACGUAACAAACCUAACAGCCAGCGAUCUUGGAUUUGAGCAGAUAGUGUACUCAGCUAGCGUUACAGAAAACCUAAAGACAGUCAAAACUUUGGCGGCACUCAAAGCCACAGGCUGUUAUUUAAAUGAGCCUCUUAUAUAUUCUGUCAUGAACCCAAUGGGAAAGUUUACAAUUUCCCAAACAUCAGGCAUUCUUGAAACAAUGGGUAUCCCUUUUGACCGAGAGGAACAAGAUAUUUAUGAUGUGGUGGUGCAGGUACAAGACAUGAGAACACCGCCAAGGACGGCGACAUCCCAGGUCAAAGUUUUUAUAGAUGAUGUCAACGACAACGCUCCACAGUUUCUUAACUUGCCUUUUUCAAUGAUGAUUUCUGAAGCCUCUGAACCAGGAGAUGUUUUGUAUCAGGCAACUGCCAUCGACAGAGACCUAGGAGAGAAUGGAUCCAUUAUGUACUCACUGGAGGAGGAUUACAACCUCUUCAGGAUCGAUCCUGACGUAGGUGAUGUAUCUCUUCAAAGACCUUUUGACUUUGAAGCUCUGAAUAAGUACGUGCUGACAGUCUUGGCUAUAGACGAAGGUGAGCCCAGUCACAGCACAGUGGCACAGCUCAGUAUUCAAGUGAGAAAUCAAACCAACCCAGUUUUCCAGACCCUUCUGUAUCCGCUGAAAGUCCCUGAAAAUGUCCCCCCAUUCACCACCAUCUUACACGUCCAGGCCAGGAAUCCAGAAGGCUAUCGGCUAAUCUACAACCUUGAAGAGGAAAAUGCCUCAAAACACUUUCACAUUGAUUUUAAAACUGGCGUAUUGACCGUCACCAACCCCCUCGACUACGAGAGUCAGGCCAUGCAUGUGUUGACAGUUCGAGCUACUGACUCUGUGACUGGAACUUUCUCAGAGGCCUCCAUUGAAAUAGAAGUAGAGGAUGUGAACGAUAAUGCUCCAGUUUUCUCAAAGCUGUCAUACUCUGUGAUUAUUGAUGAGGGGCUCCCAAUCGGCACCUCUGUGAUACAACUUUCUGCCUCUGAUAAGGACUCAGGCAGAAAUAAAGAUCUUACCUUCCAGAUGGUGAAAACGGAGAAGAAUGAGACUGCUUUCUUUGAGAUAGACCCACAUAGCGGGUUGAUUGUAACAAAACAGGUGCUGGACUAUGAAAACACAAAACACUUUAAUUUCAAAGUCAAAGCCAUUGACAAUGGCGCUGUUCCUCUUAGCAGUGAAGCCUAUGUCUUUAUAAAUAUCACAGAUGUUAAUGACAACCCACCAGACUUUGUCAACUCCCAGUUUGAAGCCUCACUGGAUGAAAUGGCAAAGUGUGGCCACAUAGUCAUCAAAAUCCAAGCUUCAGAUCCAGACACUGGAGAUCUGAAUAACCUCAAGUACAAAAUCCUCUCAGGGAAUGAAGGCCGGUACUUCAACAUCAAUGAAUCCUCAGGAAUCAUCUCCUUCUCUAAUGUCUGUAAGAGGAAUCUGGAUCCUUACUAUAACCUGACAGUGGCUGUGUCUGAUGGAGUGUUUCAGAAGACAGCACCAGUCAACAUUGACAUGAUGAAUACCAACAGGCAUAGUCCGUACUUCAAGCAGAACAUCUAUGAAGCAGAACUGGCUGAAAAUGCUGAGGCAGGAACUCGAGUGAUCCGAUUAGCAGCCAUUGACCCUGACGACGGACCAUAUGGCAGUGUUGACUACACCAUCAUUAACAAACUUGCUGAUGAGAAAUUUGCCAUCGACAAUGAUGGACAGAUUGUUACGAAACAACCGUUGGACAGAGAGAACCCUGCCCAAAGAGUCAUAGCUAUCAAGGUGAUGGCAAAAGAUGGCGGUGGAAAAGUGGCCUUUUGCACAGUCAAGAUUAUUCUCACAGAUGAGAAUGACAAUGUUCCUCAGUUCAAAGCAUCAGAAUACCAGGUUUCAAUUCAGUCAACAGUGAAUAAAGGCGCCCCUGUCAUUCAAAUCAUGGCUUAUGAUGCAGAUGAUGGCAAAAAUGCAGAUGUCACCUACACGGUAGAUGAAGCUGCAGAGGUGACCGAAGACAUUAUUGAGAUCAACCCUUUCAGCGGGGUUGUGAGUGUCAAAGAAAGUCUUGUUGGCAUGGAGAACAAGAUCUUCAACUUCAAAGUCAAAGCUCGUGAUGGUAACCUUCCUUUCUAUAACUCCACAGUCCCCGUUCAGGUCAAAGUGGUUCCUCCUGAGGUUCCUCUUCCAAAGUUCUCAGAGCCUCUCUAUACCUUCUCAGCUGCAGAGGACGUCCCCAUAGGGACAGAGAUAGGCUCUGUGAGGGCAGACUCUGACAUGCCUGUUAUUUACAGCCUGGUGGAUGGGAAUACGGUGGAAAGCAACAAAGACAAAGUGUUCACUUUGGACAAAGAAAGUGGAACUUUGCUAUUGCAGAAGACCAUCGAUCACGAGAAGACAAAAUGGUAUCAGAUAGAUGUGAUUGCUCAGGGCAACCACAACGGGACUGAUGUUGCAUCACUGGUGUCGAUCAGCAUCCAGGUUCAAGAUGUUAAUGAUAAUCAACCCGUGUUUGAUGCAAGCCCAUACAAGGCCUUCCUGGCUGAGAACAUGCCUGCUGGAACCACAGUUAUUCAGGUGACUGCCAAUGACCCGGACACCGACACCAACGGCCUUGUGACUUACAUUUUGGAGCCUCUACCCCAUGACCCCACAGUGGACAUCACUGAGGUAUUCUCCAUCGAUGGAGAAAGUGGCUGGAUCACCACGAUACGGGAGACUGACUGUGAGGCGUCCAGGAUUUACAGGUUCAACGUGGUCGCCAUGGACCACGGCGGCGACGUCAAACUGUCGUCCAGCGUCCUGGUGGAGGUGACUGUGACGGACGAGAACGACAACCCACCAAAGUUUUCUGAUGACAUCUACCGUGGCUCGGUGGUGGAGAACAGCAGUCCCGGUGAAGUCAUUAUCUCGAUGACGACUACAGAUGCUGACGUGUCACUGGAAAAUCGUCUGGUGACGUGUUACAUCACAGACGGCGACCCGUUGGGCCAGUUUGCCAUCAUCCAGGAGGACGAGGGCGAGUGGGGUUUGAUUGUGAAGGAGCCUCUGGACAGAGAGACCAAAGACAGAUACACGCUCAAAGUCUUGGCCAGCGAUGGGAAGUUCGAAGCUCCGGUUGUUGUGGACGUCCACGUGCUGGACAUCAAUGACAACAGUCCACUGUGUGAACAGCUGGUGUAUACUGAGGCGGUGAUGGAAAACUCGCCCUCCAGCAUUUUUGUGCUGAAGGUUUCAGCUUCAGAUCCAGACGUGGGAGCUAAUGGCCAGAUCUCCUACACCCUGCACGGUCCCGACUCAGACAAGUUCCAUCUUGACCACAGGACAGGUGAGCUUUUCACUCUGGCUGUGUUGGACCGAGAGAGGGUGGUUGAGUACAACAUGGUGGCGAAGGCGACGGACGGCGGCGGUCGGUCGUGUCAGGCGGACAUCCUGCUGAUGGUCCAGGACAUGAACGACAACGCUCCUCGCUUCUCCUCCAGCCACUACGAGGUCACUGUGUUUGACAACACGACUGUUCGAACUCCCAUCGCUGUCAUAUACGCCAAGGACCCAGACACCGGUAUCAACUCGGAGGUGAAGUACUCCCUCCUGGCAGGCGACAUCGGCUACUUCUCCCUGGAUGAGUUUUCAGGGAUCUUGCGGCUGGAGCGACCCCUGACCCCCGACACGCCACCCACCUUCGAGCUGAAGGUGAAGGCCACCGACCGCGGCCUGCCUCGUCACCUCUACUCCGUCGCCACAGUGACGGUGGACGUGGUCGCCCUGGACGACUACCAGCCUGUCUUCCUGAGCUCGGAGUACACCGCCCAGCUCCCAGAAUCCAUGGCGGUCGGGUCUGAGGUGCUGAGCGUCUCUGCCCUGACUAGGGACGGUGGAGGGCCGGAUCCUAUUGGUUACCGCAUUGUGUCCGGGAACGAGGACGGACGGUUCCUGCUGGACUCACAGACAGGCCUUAUGACCCUCGUUGCGCCGCUGGACUUUGAAGUUUCCCGGGAGUACUACCUCUCUGUAGAGGGAAGUCGUGGCAAAUCGUCCCUCAGCGAUAUCACCACGGUUAUCAUCAACGUGACGGAUGUGAACGACAACGCGCCGGCGUUCGAACGAGGGGACUACAGCACGGAGAUAUCCGAGGACCUGACGCCCGGAGGCCUGAUAAUGAAGGUAACAGCCACCGAUCAGGAUGGUCCGAUCAACAAUCUGCUGCGUUACUCCAUCGUGAGCGGUGACCCCCUGCAGCAGUUCUCUAUUCACUCUCGUAGCGGAGAAAUCACCGUCCGCACAGCGCUGGACAGAGAAGAGACUCCUCAUUACUCCCUGACGGUUCAGGCGGCAGAUGAAGGUGAUCCUCCACUUUCCUCUGCGGUCCUCAUCACCAUCACUGUCAGGGAUGUCAACGACAACCCACCUGUCUUCUCGCAGGUCAACCACAGUCUGCUGCUGCAGGAGGGCGAGUCGGUCGGCAGCGGCGUCCUGCAGCUCGUGGUGACAGACAAAGACACGCCCAAGAACGGCCCUCCAUUCUCUUUCCACAUCGUCAGCGGCAACGAGGACCGCCGUUUCCACGUCGACCAGGGUGGCCUUCUGUCGCUGUCUGCUCCACUCAGGAAGCGGGUGAAACCCCAUCACCAGCUGAAGAUUCAGGUGACAGACAGCGGCCACCCUCCCCUCUCCUCCAUCUGUGUGGUCAACAUCAACGUCACCGAGCAGAGCAAGUAUCCUCCCUCUGUGGUGCCUUUGGAGGUCUUCAUCACUACCUCAGGUGGGCUGUUUGCCAACCGGGUCAUUGGCAGGCUGCACGCCUCUGACCAGGACCUGCAGGACGUCCUGACCUACAAGCUGGUUUCAGAAAAUCCAAACAAGGGGAGAUUCUCCGUCGACCUCACUGAUGGCAAAAUCUGGGCGGAUGAAAACCUGGAGGAGGGCUCCUACUCCCUCAACGUCAGCGUGACUGAUGGGAAGUUCAGCGUCUGGGCCGGGGUCAGGGUUCAUGUGUGGUCGGCCAACCAGAGGGCGCUUGACUCGGGCCUGACGCUGCAGCUGGCUGGGUUGUCACCCGAGGAGUUUCUGGGCGACCACUGGAGAGGCCUCCAGCGCAGCCUCGGACAAGCUCUGAAUUUACCCAAACAGGAGCUUCAUCUGGUCAGCCUGCAGCAGCUACCCGACACCCAGGUCCUGGAGGCCCUGCUGAUCUGGAGGCCACAGAGCGGACUCGUCCAGUCUCUGCCAACCAACAGACUUCCAGGUAUCAUAGCCGACAUCGAGGACACGCUCAGCCUCAGCAUCCUCAGGGUGAGCCACAACGGGUGUCUCGGCACCGGCUGUCCGCCACGAGGCUGCAGAAACGCCGUCCGACUGACAGGAGAAAGACUGAGCCAUUUCACGACGGCGAGAGCCGGUUACAUCACCCCACAACACACCUGGGAGAGCGUCUGUCCCUGUAACGAGUCGGCGGUGAGGUUCGACGGUAAAUCCUACCUGAAGUACCUUCACAGGAUGGACGAGGACAGCCAGAGCUUCAAACUAUCGCUGAGGUUCAAGACUUUCCAGGAGCAAGGCCUCAUCGUGUCCACCAACAGCACCAAGGACUGGGGAACGUUACAGCUGACGGAUGGACAGCUGUGCUUCAGGUACAGCUGUGGAAACGCCUCCCCCGGUUCAUUACUGAUCAGAUCUGAUCCAGUGUCAGAUGGCCAGUGGCACAGCGUCCUGCUGGAGGUCAACUCCACCACCAUGAGACUGACCCUGGACCAGCACCAUCCAGCCUUCACCAGUCUGUCCGAGCCGUGCCGCCUGAUGCGCUCCCACGGUGCUCUGCUCUUCGCUUCGUCCUCUCCGGAGGUCCAUCAGCGUCCACAUAAUUUCAUCGGCUGCCUAGAAGCUCUGGAGCUGAACGGGGAGCAAAUAAGAGUCGGCGACACGUCGGAAUGGGCCGGGCCGGGGAGCAGGAGGGUGUUCGGUGUGUACCAGUGCUGUGGCAAGGCCGGAGCCUGCGAGAACAACCCCUGUCAGAACGGAGGGGUCUGUGAGGAGGAGACCAGCGGAGAGCUGCGCUGCAGGUGUGCAGGACUCUUCCACGGCGCCCGCUGUGAAUUGGCCGACAACCCGUGUGCCUCCCAGCCAUGUGCCCACGGCAGGGUGUGCGUGCCCAAGGCUCAGGGUUACAUGUGCAACUGCUCGCUGGACAACGCUGAAGCACGGUGCCACAAUCUGAUCGAACUCUGUUCACCCAAUCCGUGUCCCGGAGGCUUCGACUGUAAAGUCACUGACGGCUCCAUCCACUGUGACCCGCUGCCCCAGGUAUCUCCCAUGAUCGGCUAUGUAGAAAUCAUGGAGAUCGGCGCCAGCGUGCUCGGAUUGCUCUUCUUGGUCGGCAUCUUUGUUUGCGUCAGGAAACGUUACGUUCAGCAGAAGAAGAAAAAACCCGUCUGUGUCCAGGACUCCAACGGCUACUUCCAGCACAGCCUGGCCAAGAGCCUCAAAGCCAACAACCAGGAAGGCAACCCCAUAGAGAUGAACUCGUUGGUCGGCCCCAUCAACGACCUCGAUCACUCGCCGUUCCGGUCGCUUCGUCCGAAAAGUCAGAUCAGUUCAUCGGGAGGCGUGGUUUCCUCUCCGAAGACGCAGGGUCCGGUCGUGUGCAGCGUUGCUCCAAACCUCCCCGCCAGGCCACCGUCCAGCUCCGACACUGACUCCAUCAGGAAGAACCACUGGGACAUGGACUACGAAGUCUAUCCGGCAGACCCGGACUACUAUGGCCGUCCAGCAGUCCAGGAGUUCCCCCAGUUUGACAUCGUAGAGGACACGUACUCCACCUCCACCAUGGACUCGCGGAGAAACUCUCGAUUCGGCGGCUUCCCAUUCCCACUGGAUCGCUGCGACCGCCGCGCUCCCCUCCCGCCCUGCUACAGCAACCAGAACCUGGACGACUUCCUGGGUCCCGACGGGCUUCCUCUUCCCAGCUCCCAGUGCCCCAACGAGUACACGGCCAUCAGCUACUACCCCACCCAGCACACCCGCAGCCUCGACAACGUCUCGGGUGGCUACAAAAGACUCAGCAUGCGUCUGAGCGUGGCUAUGCCGUCGUACGCAGAGCAGGCCAGCCCGCCGCCGGCGCCGAACCCCGCCCAGCCUCAGACGAGGCCAGCGGGGCAGAACCCGCGCAGCUUUGACGGGUCGAGUAUGGUGGAGAGCGAUUAUGGAAGCUGUGAGGAGGUGAUGUUUUAAGACCAAGCUCUGGUUCAAACCUUACAUACUUUUGUGUCAAUUAGCGUCCUCUCCAGUGAUUAUUCACUUUUAGUUUCAUCUGGGAACCUAAAACAGUAGAAGUACAUGUCUCUGUGUUCUACUACCCCUCUCUAAGGCAGCUUUGUGUAGAAGUACACUUCUCAGAUGGGACUCUUUGAACACCAGCUCAGCGGUUUCUCGCUGUGAGAUCUGAGUCCUUUUUUUUUUCUUCAUUUCUCUGAUGGAGAUGAAAGCAGCAUGUGAAACAAUAGUUCAGAUGUCUUUCAUUUGUUGGACUUUUUAAAGCAGUGUAGUCUCGCUGUGCCAGACUAGACGGGGGUAAUUCAGGACCGCGGAAGGAGUUCAGCUGAAGUUCAUCAUCUAUUUGUCAAAGAAAAAAAAAAAAAACACAGACGCCACUCCUUAACUUGUCCGGGUUAUGAAACCAUGGACGGUUAUUACUGACUCGACUGUUUCAAAGUAGAGUCUGACUUCAAAACAUGCCUGUACUGCAAACACUUCUUCUUCUCACACACUUGUCUGUUAAGCCGAGCACUCUAAAAAAAGAAAAGCAUCAGCUCCAGCUCUGCCAGGCGUCGAUAACGGUGUGUUUACUACGCAGCGUCUGAUGUGACUGAACGUGCGACAGCAGACACUGUUGCCAUGACGGUGGCCAGCAUGACAUUCAGACAACAGCGCUCAUUCAGAAAUGCCUUUUCUGAUGAAAUCCCGAUAAGGAGCUUUGAUGAGGACUGUUGCAUUGUGUGAAAGGUAAAUGGGGUUUAUCGUAUCCACAUUCUGCUUCGUGUUUUAUGCUCGUGCUCAUGAAAGAAAAUCAGAAAAACACACAGGUGUGUGUGUGUGUGUGUGUGUGUGUGUGUCUAACACUGGCCCACUAUUUCAAAUCGAUCAUUUCACGCAGGACAAACAUUUCAAUCUGCUCAGUGUUGCUGUUGUUUAUUAUCGCUGUCUGUUACAAUGAAGGGGGCUGGAUCCUCGUCUAAAAAAAAGGGGGGGUGCGGUGAUCGUGAUGUAUGUAGAUGUAUUUGAACUUUCCGUGUUGCUCGUAUCACGUGCCGUGAUACCGUACACUCUGUAGAUUUUGCUCCUCGUGGACUUUAAUUAGUGUGAACUACAGUAUUUUCUUUUGGAGGAGUCAUUAGUGUUUGUGAUAAAGUUCAGCUCUGCGGCGCUGCUGCCCUCCGUGAUAAAGGGAAAGCUUAAUGUGGGGUGGUUUCUGCAGCGGGAGCCAGAAGUGUCUAUGCAGCCAUUUUAAAUGGUGUAAAUAUGCAAGCGUCAGAUAAAAGAAACGCUUGUUUUGGUCAAGAACUUCCAGAAUGCAGCAUAUCAAGAAGUGAAUGUGUUACACUGAAGAGCAGAGUUCGGCCUGAACAACAUUUUCUAACAUCACAGUUAAGAGCGUCGAUAUUCACGAUCAAACAAACGUUUUAUAAAGAACGCGAAGCAGUGAUUAAAAAGGUGUUCCUUAAAUUCAUGUCCGUGCAUAAACUUUUAAUUUCUGGUCUUAUUUUUCAGUGAACUUGCUCCUAAAUUCUUUAUUAUAAGAAGAAAAAGUAUUAACGUGAUGUGAAUGGAGAAAAACAAGUAAAGAGUUGUUAUUGAGUGUUUUCUAACCGUCUAAACUCACUGAGCCAUGUAACCUACUGUGGAAGUCACGCAAUGUCCCUUUUAGUAAACUGAACAAACAUACAGUACGACGGUCUGUGUACUUUGUUCAGGUACUCUGCAUACUGUGCAUGCUCGCACAACAACCAUCGUUACCAUGUGAUUAUCCAAACAGCAGCGCGCUGUGAUCAGGUGGAUUCCAGCGCAGAUAGACUAAAAUCAGAUUCUCCAGCUGUUUGGACAGUUUGUUUGUGUACACAGUGUUUACCGCUGCCUCCAUGUGAGCGUGCUGGGGAUGCAGAUGAUGUUUGUAAUAUCAAGGAUCGCAUCUACAGCUCAAGGAGGCAGAUAAACAUGAGGGCACAGCUUGUGAUAGAACGAGGCGUUUGUCGAAACGCGUGGCUGUUAACGGACAUCAGCGUGAUUCAGACAGGCCUGGGUGGGUUUAAAAAGAAGAAAAAACAUUUGUUGUUAAUGUCCCAACUGCCAAGUUACUCCAAUCUGGCACCAUAGCAGUCAAAGCACGCGCUCAGUACAUGUUUCAGUCAUGUAUUAUUGCUGAGAUGCUGCUGAGAUUUGGCACAAUUUCUGGAAAAAGAAAGACCAGGGUUUGGAGACUCGCGUGGCUUCCACUGUACGUACAGUCUCGUGGAGUUUGUCUUUUCAGCCGAUGAUCGCUCCUCAUAUCCUCGUCUGAAAUGGGGAAAUCUGUCUUGCAGCAAAGCACAUUUUAAAAUCACAACAGGGCCAUGUCAGAGGAAGACUUGAUGGAUAUUUACUGCCUCAGCAGCAGCUGGAUAAGAGGAUUAAUAUCAGUUUUAUCGCUUCAAGCUCAAUGAAGGACUGUAGCUUUGUGAUGGGUUUACUGAUUUGUUGCUUUUUAGCUUUCUCUCUCAAACAUAAAACAUGAGAUAUGUGUAUUUGUGCUCAGCUGAACGCAUCACAGAGCUAUAAACCGACAUCGCUCCUCUCAUUAGGUCUCGCUAACUGAUUUACAGUCUUACUUUAAUGAUAAUGUCUUAAAGUUACGCAAGAAGAAACAACUUUAAAAUCUGAAUAACGGGACAGAAAAAAACUUGUCAAUCAUUCUCACGGUAUCCAGAAACUGACACCAAAUUAUUGUCGAGAAAGAUUUGCAUGCACGUCUUUGAAAAGUGCUUUGACGUUAAUAUCCUGGAUGAAUAAUCUGGGCCUUAAUGAAUCAAAGUUCUGCAGUUUUCUGUCAUAAACUUGAGUGUCACUGGAGCAAGAGUUAAUGUUUCAGGUAAAAAAUGUAUUUGACUAAUCAUAACUGGACUAACUUCACUCCUGCUGUUCUCAGACUUCUUGGACGCUCGAUGUCAUCUCCACUUCAGAUUUGUAUCUGCCAUUGUUGUUGUAAAUUGUGGGUUAAUGCACAAUGUCUGUCCUAUCACUGGUGGUUUAACUGUGACUGCUGUUUAGAUAAAGUUUUUUUUUCAGUCUUUGUACAAAGAUCUUAUAAUCUAGAGAUAUUGUGUUGUACAUACUGUGUGUAGCUGUCGUAGGUUGUUCCCUUGAAUGUACGGUACAUUUGUUUUCAUUCAUAAAGUUUAUUUUUGUAUCAAUGUGGGCCUCCCCAUGUUUUGCUCUGUUGUUUCUCUGUGAGAGAUUUUUAUUAAGAUGCCGUCUUUGCAUUUUGUUUUUCCAAUAUUGUAAAGAGAAUAUGAAUAAAGAUAUUAUCUUCUAUGA